AUGGCCGCCUCUGCUCUCCUCCUCGCACCCGUCACCCCGCCCACGUACCAUCGCAUCGUCUCCCCGACGCUGACACUCCCCACAGGCACAGCCCAGGCCAUCCCCGUCGGCCUGCUCGCCUGCCAACGCGACCCUCUCCUCCGACAGCUCUCCACCAACAUCGUCAGCUGCACUGUAUCCCAGUCUGCUCCCCCUCCUAGCGGGAAGAACAAGAAGGGCUCAUCGAAUGCAGCCGCCAAAGUGCCCACGCUCGAGGUCAUCCUCCACGAUACCGUGCUCUUCCCAGAGGGCGGAGGACAGCCAUCGGAUGUUGGCCAUAUCACCACUGCGGACGAUAAGACGUGGAGUGUGCUGCAAGUCAAGCGUAGUGGUGGUCACGCGGUGCAUUAUGUGGCUGUCAAGGACACGGCAAAGGAUAUCGACAGUUUCUUGCCUGGUUCUCACGUCAAGGUCGAGCUCGGAGACGACGGAUACGAGCGACGGUACGACCACAUGACGAUGCACACCUCGCAGCAUCUCCUCUCUGCCGUCCUCGAGACCAAGCUGAACCUCCCCACCCUCUCGUGGUCGCUCACAACCUACCCGCAACCCUGCUACGUCGAGCUCCCCCGCCCCGUCACAGUCGAGGAGAUAUUUGCCGUCCAGAACGAGGCAAACAAGCUCGUGUUCGAAGGCCGCAGCGUGCACGUCGAAGUCGAGGAACUGGAUCGUGCGCAGCUACCGGGCGUACAGACCACCGAGACAGGUCGUGCGGUCGGAAAAGCGCUCCCUGAAGACUACACCGGCGGUGUGAAACGCGUGGUUGUGAUCCACGGCGUCGACCGCAACCCCUGCUGCGGCACCCACCUCCCCUCUCUGCACAACCUCCAGCUCUUCCUCCUCCCGCAGACCGAGUCCGUCGCGCGCGCCGCGUCGUCCACGUCAACCGCCCGUCUCUACUUCUUCGCCGGCCCGCGUCUGCUCGCGCACCUCGGCGCGUCGCACGCGCAGAUCACGAGCAUCGCGAACACGCUCUCGUGCGGCGCACCGCAGGCGCCCGCGCGCGUCGUGCAGGUGACGGACGAGCGCAGGCGCGCGGAGAAGCGUGCAGAGGACGUGGAGAUUGAGCUUGCGCGGCUUCUAGCUAAGCAAAUCGCCCAUGAGCUCGCAGCUUCAAGCGAAGAAGGGAAAGAGGUGGUGACGAAGCACGUGCACAGGACGGACGACGCGUCUAACGCUCUGGGCUUCCUCAACUCUAUCGCGUUCUCCCUCGUGGAUGCUGCCGUAUCCGCUGGCAAGCGCUUCGUCGUCGUCUUGAGCAGCAGCCCCUCGGCCAUAUCGAGCACAAGCGUGAACACGCUGCUCAUCGCGGGAUCCGAGGGCACAGAUGCGCACGUCAAGGCCGUCGGCGAGGCGCUCAAGGCGCGCGUGGGCGUCAAGGGCGGCGGGAAGGGCACGCGGUGGAGCGGGAAGAUGGUCGGCGUGUGGAAUGAGCGCAAGGAGGGCGCGGCGGUUGAGGAGGUUUUGAGGGGUGUUGGGGCUUGAAUAAAUUUGGAGGGUUUGGAUGGAAUUUAAUAUUGUGACAGGUGUGGUUUUCUGUGUACCGAUAUGCCCUCGUUGAUAGAGCCGCUGUCAAACAUCUGUUCGCCAACAGACGUUGAAGCAGUUGUAUGAUAAAGUCUCCCAUAGAUUUCGAUUGUUAGCAUUUUAGAUAGGUUUCAGUUGAAGGUGCGAAAGAGUAUCGAGCAAGAGAUAGUGUCAAUGCACUGCUCGAGGUUCAA